GUUCCCCGUCAGUUGGCCGCGCCGCGCCGCGUCGUAUUCACGUGCGUAAGGAGACUCGCUUCUCGCCGACAAAUACCGUGAACCGCAAAGAACUCAGCUGUGAAUAAACACAAAUAACAACUUCUACAACCAAAUAAAAACAUUUAGUGCACCCAAACAGUGAACUGGACAAUCUGUGUGUCAUACCCAGUGUCAGCAACGUUUAAAAAACGUAAUCUUUCUAAGCAUCUCGUCGUGUGCUGUCCGGAUACUCAUGUGUCAGCCCCUUCAUUGAACUAUAAAGGAGAUUAUAAGCGGUAAACGGGACAAGUAAAAUGGACCGCGGAACACCGAUAGUGAUGUGCUAGUGUUGUGAAUAACGGUUAAUAACGAGUUAAUAGUGGUUGAUAGCUAUGAUGUGAGACAGUUGUGGUUGUCAAGAUGCCGUCAGACAGUGGUUCGGCGUGGUCGCCGCCAGCAUCCAACAGUGAGAGAAGAUUGAGCAACUCGUCCGAUGGAAGCGCCGGGAGCGGAUAUUCUAAGGCUACAACAGACAGCGCAGACUUCCUGGCGACGCGGCCGCACACGGCUGCGGUCAUCCCAGGCAAGCCCGCAGGCAACCCGCUGCAGUUCGUGCGCGUAGGACCUGCCGACCUGGGCAGCAGGGCCAGGGAACAGCUUCGAAGAGCUGAGCUCGCGAAGAGAACAGAUCCUGCUCGCAUUGAGAGGCAAGAGGACUGGCAGUCGAACCUGGACAAUUGGAAGUCGUCGCGGCGGAAGCGGGUGGAACACAUAAUAGAGCGGUGCGUGGAGGUGCGGCGCAUGGAGCACGAGCCCAGCCAGCCCCGAGCCAAGUCCAAGACCUUCAACGAGAUGCUGGAGGAACGCGCUGGCCGCAGAAGGCGGAACCCGCUGGCGUUGUACACAGAAGAUGACGGUCACGACCUGAGUGACCUUGGCAUUGGCACCUCCAGCACCAAGAGCAGCCUCAGCGAGGACUGCGACACACAUAGCCUGGCUAGCGACGGUAUCGACCUGGAUAAAAAUCAUUCAGAUGUCGACAAUCUGUCGAAUUGCGACACUAACCGCAAGCUUGGCUCCAGCGCCAACGAAUACGACACCUGCACGACCACCACCAUCAGCUCCCCGGAGCCCGAGGAGUACACAUACGAGGGAGCCAUCGAAGGCUACAAGUCUAGAAUUAUCUCACAAACUAACAGUCCCAUCGUCAAAACUGUUGUCAACAACAACUUCAAAGAUAAAUCACCAGAGAAAAAUGGUGACCUUAACAGAAUCAGGACAAACGUCAGCAACAAAAUCGAAGAGAAACUCUCCUCCUUCCAACAAGAGAGAGCCAACGACGCAAAGAACAACAACCAGAAGAAAGACUUGCCCAAAGUCGACAUACACAAGAGGAGGGAACAGUUCGAGAGGGAGAACUCUCAAGAGCCACAGACGAAUAAACCUAAACUGCCCGACAUUGCGAACAAAAAAUCUAUCAAGGAAAGACUGUCUAGUUUAGAAAAGUUCACGGAAGACUCGCACAUUCAAAAGUCUACGAGCGACCUGACCAAGUUACCCACAGAAGUGAAACCGUUGAAAGAACGACUGUCUUCACUUGAAAAAGUUAAGUCUACUGAACCAGAAAAGGUAAAGAGGUUGUCGAACGGAGAUCUCAGCAAUACGCGAUCCUUGAAGGAGCGCCUCUCCAGUCUAAAGUCACAGACCUCUGAAGAAGAAACAAAGCCCACAAAAACUGAAGUUAAGGAGGUCUCCAUGAGCCUGAAAGAGCGACUGUCUUGUCUUGAUGCGGCCAAGAAUAAGGAGAUACCAAAAAUAUCCGUUGAAGAAGAAUUGGCACACAAUACUAAAGAUAUUGAAAUCAAGGUCGAGGAGACAAAAGACACAUUGAUGGAGAGCUCCCUGAAAUCGAGCCUGUCUGGAAUCGAGAGUCAAAUGCAAAGCUUCUGUCGCUCUCUGGAUAGUUUGGACAUCAAUGGACAAACUUCUCCGAAUUCAUUCGACAGAGUCCAAAGCUUGGAAGACUUCGACUGCGCUGAAAUGCAGAACAACACCGUUCCGAGUGACAUCGAGACGGAAGACAGCGGGAUCCACACUGCCAGGGAUUCCUGUGCCCCUGCUGAUGACAUCGCUGACUUGACACAAGUGGCGUCACCUGUAGGAGAGCCCAUGAUCGAAGCAUCCGAGUAUGAGUCCUCAAAUGAAGAUGGAACAGCCAUGGACGCGAAGAUCGAUGAGAUGGACAAGAUGCCAGAGCCUAUCCAGCUGAUGCAAGACAUCAUUGUCGAAGAAACUGAAGAGCAGGACGUGAAAACUGAUGACGACAGCGCCAGCAACUACCUGCAGGCUGUCUCUCAGCCCGAGGAACUCAGUGUGACUGAGGUCACUGAGAUACAACUAGACAAAGACGACGAAGACACACUUAAAAGUUUGGAAAACCAGGACACCAGUGUAAGUUUGAAUGAGCCUGUCUCCACCGGGUCGGAAAGCGACACAGUGGUUUUCGAGGGGAAAAUGACAAUACAUCUUAAUCUGAAUGAGAUAUGCAACAAUAUGAGCGCCGGUGCCGGGACUACUAACCAUGUUAGCUCUACUAACAGCAUGCCAAUGGUCAUUGAUGCUUUAGAGCUGGCUUUCAAAGAACUUGACUCAGAAGACAGUGCUGUGAUGGACUACACUGUAGAACUCAGAAAGAAGGACGAUUUCAUUGAUAAGAAGAUAGAUGUAGCACCACUGUAUGAGAACAUGGACAUCUUCUAUCAGAAUUCCUCUGAGUUCCCUCCAGAGAGUGCCUUCCCUCUGGACAUGCCUACCAAUGUGCUGGAGCCUCCCAAAGAGAAGCCUCCUCCGCCACCCACUGAGGAUGGACCUGAGGAUGAACUGCUGGGAAAUGGCAACUUCAAGCACACCAGCUCAGCGCGCCGCAUCAAGAAGGAGAUUCGCAACAAACGCACCAGCUUCCUCGGCAUCGAAGGUCAAGAUGACAGUUACCUGGAUGUAGACCUCACCCUGGCUCCAAGACCUGACAUCACCUCCUUCCUCCAAGAAGAGACUAAAAUAGAGAAGUUGCUUUACAAGAAGACUCUGUCUCAUGAUAUGGAUGCUAAGCUGAGGGAGAGUCGGGAUUCUGGUGUGGAUGUAGACCGAGGACCUUCGGCUGAAGCCUGGUACAAGGGGCACUCGUCUCCUGAGACAUCUAGUCCUCACAGCAGACAGAAUAGUGAGCCCUACACUCACGUGACAGUGACGUCAGACGAGGAAGAAUCUACGAAGAAACACCAAGAGACCUUCAGUUCCAACCUGAACUCCAAGCUGAGUGAGCUGACGGAACCUUCAGACAAGAUUGACAGCCUCGACAAAACUAUACAACAACAGCAGGAGUGUUCCACUAACGAGGACUGGCCCGACGGGGCUUAUGACGAUGCGAACACCAAGGAAGUACUUCGCUUCGAAAGGGAGCUACUGCAAUUGGAACAGGAAGAGCUGCGCCGUCAAAGAGAGAACCUACUCCGAGACCAGACCAGAAUCAUUCAGAAGUCAGUCCAAGACAUAUCCUCGAUCCCCUCCUCUCCUGAGAAGCCCCCUCUUAAUAGGACACCAGCCAACCCUCACUACCGUCAUUCCAUGCCAAAUCUUCUCCUGAAUGAGAACAUACCUUCGAUUCCACCAGCAGUGCCAGAAAGACAGAUGGAUGAACGAGUGGUAGAUGAGAAACGCAAGCCAUUUGUGUCAGAGGAACAUAUGCAGAGGCAUUUUGGUGUGGAGGAAAGUAGGAGGGUCCUAUAUGAGAGGAAAGAGGUCAGAGGACAGCCUAUGAGAGUACCACAGCCCGUGCUGCCUCCCAAACCGAAGAGUCGGGAGUCUAUUGAGAGGGAGAUUACUAUGAGGAGCAGUCGCGUGCCUUCAGCAGUGGAGUACGCCAACGUGCAGCUCCGCCAGAAACCUGUGCAGAAUGGCAAUGCUGCCAACUACCAUCCUAUGACCAGGCACACGUUACAGGCUCUGAGCGCGGCGCCGACUCCGAAGCUGAUCUCCAACACAGACUGGAUGCAGGCGCGGAACAGGAAGCCAGCCAACUACAACUACAACCAGCACUGGCUCAUACAGGAGGCAGAACAGCGUCGCAUAGACGAGCAGCGCAGCAAGGCGCGUGCGCAGCGCCACUCGUACCACCACGACGCGCCCCCACCAGUAGUGGCGCCCCCUUCAGUAGUGGCACCCCCUCCGCCGGUGGUACCCCCCGCGCUGCCCCCGCUGCCCCCCGCCGCAGCGGCAGCAUCCGGGCCGCUCUAUGCCAUGCACGCGCUCUCCACCAGCCAGCAGCAGUUGUCAGACGUGAAGCGGCCAGUGCGGACGGAGCCGCGGGACGACAAACUGCUCAGUGUUAGCGGACGACGCAAGUGCUCGCACUGCGGGGAGGAACUCGGUCGUGGCGCGGCGAUGAUAAUAGAGUCGCUGUCGCUGUGCUACCACGUGUGGUGCUUCACGUGCGCGGUGUGCGGGGCGCGCCUGGGCGACGGCCGCGCCGGCGCUGACGUGCGCGUGCGCAGCCGACGCCUGCACUGCCAGCACUGCUACUCCUCCGACGACGGACGCAAGUACUCCGCCGUCUAGUCGCGUACUACUGUGUCUUCAAACUUACUGCUCACUCAGAUAUUUAAUGAUUACUUAAACUAUUCCUUAGUAACGAUUUUGUUUCCAAAACAAUUGCUAAGGACUGGGUUAAGUAACCAUUAAAUAACUUUGAGUACAGCGGUUAGAAACCAAAUACCAUAAACACUAGUCGAAUGCUAUAGUAUAGUCUAUGGUUUUGACAUUAGCUUACGUCAAAUUUGACGUAUGUAACUGUCAAUUGUGUUUGACUAGAGUUUUUGUCUUUGGUUACAGAACUGUUCUAUAAAUCUCUAAAUGUGUGAUUGACUUGAAUUUAUACGGUUUGUUACGUUUUCGGUGUUAUAAUGAUCUAAAGUACAUACUCGGGCUGGUCCAAAGACUACAAGUGAAGUGAAAUCACCUAGUUAUACUAAAUGUUUGUUAAAAACCUGAACUUAUUUUUAUACUGUUUGUUUGUUUCACAUUAUUCAAUAAUUAUGUCCAACUUUGUAGAGUCUUCGUUAAUAAUCUCAUGUUAUCAUGGUUCAUUUCCAUAAAGAUAUUUUCUUUACAUUAGUUUUGAAUGUGCCUGAAUUUUUAAUAUUACAUAAGAAAUGGCCAAAUAACUCUAUGUUAGGACGAGGGACUUAAUGUUAGACAGUCUUUCAAUACUUAGAGGUAAUGUACCAACAAGUGCGAUCCCUUAUUGACAUAGCGCGAUAGUCUCCUACCACGCUGUCUGUCAGUAUGUGUAUGCGCAAUCUACAAAACGUCUAAGCGACUCAGCUGAGUUCUGAGUCGGCUACUGCACGCUUUUGAUAUAUUCACGCCCACCUCACGGAGGGUAGGCAGCACAUGUUUCUCGACACUACAGUAAACAUGAUUUGUCGCAUCAUUUCGGACUAUUUUGUGCCAUGUCAUAUUUGUCUUGUAUUCACAACAAGUACACAGAAACAAUAUAUUUAAGAAUACCAUUGAAUUAAUAUUUUUUUACUAAUAAACGUUUAAUGUUUUGUGUAAUGAAAAUAAACAAGUUUUGUAAUAUUUUGUAAAUAGUUUUUAAUUUAUACCUUAUUGAUUUAAAGGUUAGCUUUAAUAGUUAUUAUUUUAGUUUAAAAUAAAUACAUAAUCCAUCCAAAAAUGUGUAUGUUUAAUAAAGUAUAUUAUCGUUGUGGUUGAAUGCAAAAUGGCUUAAAUACUGAGAUGUCUUGACUAACCGAUCUCAUACGGUUCUCAUGGUAUGAUACAAACAACUAAUCUUUUCAUAAUUUUCUAUUCUUUGAGAGAAUUUAAGCUAUUUUGUGAUCCCUGUGUUAUAUAUCUGUUUGCGUCACUGUAAACUGUCGUGAAAUAAAUCUAUGGUAGUACAUUAACACGGUUGCACCUACUUGUAAUUAUAUUAACUAUAAUAUUGAUACAUAUGUACAUUCUCUAUGUGUAAGCUGCAAAUUGUAUAACAUUAAAUAUUUGAACUAUA